GCUGCGGCUCCUCCCGGGGGCCGGUUCCCGCUGUCUCAGCCGCGGUGCCGAGGGGACACCGGCGUGACUGGCUGACCGGUCGUCGGCGCCUGGUGCCGCCGCGUCCAGCCCGGCCCCCCUGGCCGGGCCCCGGGACCGAGUUAGUCCUCUGCGCCCCGCGCCCUUUGCUCCUCGCUCUUCGCCCCGGCGGGCUCCCGGCGGGUGAGCCGCGCUCAGACCCUUCGCGGGCGGCGCCGCAGCCCCAGCCCUCGCCCAGAGACAGGGCUGACAAGAGUGAAAUCACUUUUCAGAGUUAAAAGAAGAUCAAGAAGACAAGAUGGGGACUCCUGGUUCAGGAAGGAAAAGAACACCUGUGAAAGACCGAUUUUCUGCAGAAGAUGAAGCUUUGAGUAACAUUGCCAGAGAGGCAGAAGCAAGGCUGGCAGCAAAACGGGCUGCUCGGGCAGAAGCAAGAGAUAUACGCAUGAGAGAACUGGAACGACAGCAAAAAGAGCACUCUCAUCAUUCCUUUGAUCGGAAAUGGGGACAGAUUCAGAAGUGGCUGGAAGAUUCGGAAAGGGCCAGGUAUUCCCACCGGUCCAGUCAUCAUCGUCCUUAUCCGGGAGUUGAGGAGGCAUUGUCCAUUCGAAGUCUUGGCAGUCACAGGUAUGAUCCUCUCAAGGAUAAAUCGUCGAGACUUUCAUCAUUAAAUCAUUCUUAUGGAAUGAAGAAGAGAGCUGGUUCUCAUAAAGACCUGCUGAGUGGCCUCUACUUUGACCAGAGAAGCUAUAGCAGUCUUAGACAUAGCAAACCCACCUCUGCCUACUACACUCGGCAGUCUUCUUCCCUCUACAGUGACCCUCUGGCAACAUCUAAGAGUAACAGGGCCUUACCUACUGCAAAUUCUGGUCUGCUGAGAAGCACCAGUCUGGUAUCAUUGUAUGAUGGUGGAUUAUAUAACCCUUAUGGUUCUCGAACUCCAUCUGAAUAUAGUUAUUACUCAUCAAGGACAAGUUCAGCCCGAAGCAGUCCUGUGUUUAUCGAUGAUGACACUGCAAGCAUUGCGUCUUCUGGUCGUUCCAGUCAUGGGCGAAGGGAGAGUGUGGUUUCUGCCGCUGAUUAUUUUAGCCGCUCCAAUCGGAGGGGCAGCGUUGUCUCUGAGGUGGAUGAUGUCAGUAUCCCAGAUUUGACCAGUUUGGAUGAAAAAUCUGACAAACAGUAUGCUGAAAAUUACACAAGACCUUCAUCUCGAAAUUCUGCCUCGGCAACAACCCCUUUAAGUGGAAACUCUUCCAGACGAGGAAGCGGGGACACCAGCAGCUUAAUAGACCCAGACACCUCAUUAAGUGAAUUGCGGGAUAUCUAUGACCUUAAGGACCAGAUACAGGAUGUAGAAGGGAGAUACAUGCAAGGGCUUAAAGAACUAAAGGAGUCUUUGUGUGAAGUGGAAGAAAAAUACAAGAAAGCCAUGGUUUCCAAUGCACAGUUAGACAAUGAGAAGAACAAUUUGAUCUACCAGGUAGACACCCUCAAGGAUGUUAUUGAAGAACAGGAAGAACAGAUGGCAGAAUUUUACAGAGAAAAUGAAGAAAAAUCCAAGGAGUUAGAAAGGCAGAAACAUAUGUGUAGUGUGCUGCAGCAUAAAAUGGAUGAACUUAAAGAAUGCCUUCGACAAAGAGACGAGCUUAUUGAGGAGAAUCAACGUAUGCAGGAGAAAAUAGACACCGUAACAAAAGAGGUGUUUGACCUCCAGGAGACACUUCUUUGGAAAGAUAAAAACAUUAGGGCCCUAGAGAAACAGAAAGAAUACAUUGCCUGCCUUAGGAAUGAGCGAGAUACGCUCAGGGAGGAGCUGGCUGACCUGAAGGAGACAGUGAAGACAGGAGAGAAACAUGGCUUAGUUAUAAUCCCUGACGGCACUCCCAAUGGCGACGUCAGUCACGAACCAGCGGUCGGAGCCAUCGCUGUGGUGUCUCAGGAAGCCGCUCAGGUCUUGGAGUCAGCAGGAGAAGGUCCACUGGAUGUAAGGCUACGAAAACUGGCUGGAGAAAAGGAAGAGCUGCUUUCACAGAUUAGGAAACUGAAGCUGCAGCUGGAGGAAGCCCCACAGAAGUGCUCCAGGAGUGACGGCACGGCAGGGGACCUGGCGGCACUGCAGAACGGCUCAGACUUGCAGUUCAUCGAAAUGCAGAGAGAUGCCAAUAGACAAAUUAGUGAAUACAAGUUUAAGCUUUCAAAAGCAGAACAGGAUAUAACCACCUUAGAACAAAGUAUUAGUCGGCUCGAGGGACAGGUGCUCAGAUACAAAACCGCUGCCGAGAAUGCUGAGAAAGUGGAGGAUGAACUGAAGGCGGAAAAGAGAAAGCUACAGCGAGAGUUACGAACAGCAUUGGACAAGAUUGAGGAGAUGGAGAUGACCAACAGCCACCUGGCCAAGCGGCUGGAGAAGAUGAAGGCCAAUAGGACAGCACUUCUGGCCCAGCAAUAGAGAGGCCACCCUUCCACCUGGGGGCUGCUUCUGGGGCUCCACCCAGAAGGACUGACUUUUUGUCCACUGACACAAAGCCUUUUCAGUACUGUUUGAGUUUUGUCAUUAACAUAGCCACCUUUGUAUUUUAUAAUUUAUGAGAGAAUGAAACAGUUUUGAAUCUUCAUGGAUGAACACUUUGGAUUUUGUUUGUAGUUUGAUUCUAGACUAAGAACUGGUCCAUGAUGUUUUUAUUUUUUAUUUCUAUAAUUUUAAAAUCAAGUUUACUCACCAUUUUCCCCCGGCUGCCUCAAUGACUGGGCACUGGGAGGCCUUGGCCCGGGUUCUAGAGGACAGCGAUUCUGUGAGCGCUGAGAUACUUGCUGGAGACCUCAGAAAACACAAGUGCCUUCCCCACAGUGCAAUUCAGACUUCAGCUCUCUCCCGUGGUCAAAAGACAUUUACCCUUAAUAUCAGAUAGCAUUUAUAUUUUAGUGAAGAAGAGUUCACAGGUGGGGAAUAUAUGUUUCAUUCAAAUUUAUAUGUUUGGAGGAAAAGCCUUUUUUGUAAAAUAUUUAUAUAAGAAAAUGUUAGAAAAAGAUAUGGGGAGUGUAUAUAAAACUUGCUUUAUUGCAUGGGGCAGGGGAAGUCUGAGGCCUAACACUCUUAGAGUAAGAGUAGGGUCCUUAGUCUUCAACAUCAGCUGUGCUGUAUCUUGUAAAGUAUUUCAUCUGCUGCUGCUUUGUGGAACGAAACCUCAGACAAGCCCAGUGGGGAGGAGGGCAGAGCAGGCAGGUGGGAAAUCUGCCUGAAGGUUCUAUUAAAUACACCCUUUUGCUGACCACAGUUGGCUACUGGCACAUUCAUUUUGUUAGCGGGGUCUUCAAAGCAAAUCAUGGCAACCAUGCCCUCUUACCUUGCUUCUCUUCUCUCCUUUCAAAGGAAAAAUAAUCUGGAAUAUAGAACUUUUUAAGAACUUUCAUCUCUAAAGGUACCCAGUUCAAGAGGUUUUUAUCAUCGAGUGUAGCCCCUUUGCAGGAUUUGUGAUUCUCUUUUGCUCUCAGAAUCAAGGUGAUUUUGUGGAAAUGAUUAUUGUAUCUUCAGUGUGUUUACACAGAAAAAACACUGAGGAAAGUCUUAUGAAAUGAGGUCACAGAAGAAUAAAUUAGACCAGAAACUAGAUAAUAAAGUUAACUCAAUGUGAAUAAAACCUCUAAUAAUCA